CAAUAAAAAAACAACGACGCGGGUGACGUAAUUUGUUUAUAGAUUAAAAAAACGAGUGACGUCACAUUCCCGCGUGCAUCGAUCGGGGUCUGCGCGGACUCCGUCACGGGCGCAAUCGACAGUGCAGUACAACUCUCUCCUCCGUUGUCGAUAUCUUCGCGAUACACGGCGACGCGACGCGAGUGGCGACUGAGAAAUAGCCGGGACGACGCAAUAUCACGACUCUGGACACAAAUUAAGAGAAAAUGGCCAAAAUAGACAAGAUGAGCAUCCUGGGCGUACGGAGCUUUGGCAUCGGUGACUGCGACAAGCAAGUGAUCACUUUCCACACGCCGCUGACCAUCCUGGUGGGCCACAACGGCGCUGGCAAGACGACGAUAAUCGAGUGCUUGAAAUACAUCUGCACUGGUGACUUCCCACCAGGCACAAGCGGUGCUUCCUUCAUUCACGACCCAAAGGUGGCCCACGAGACGGAUGUAAAAGCGCAAAUUCGACUACAGUUCAUGGAUGUGAACGGUGACAAGGUAACCGUGCAGCGAUUGCUGCACGCCACACAGAAGGCCAAGAAAGUGGAAUUCAAGACCUUGGAGGGGGUUUUCACCCGACUGAAAAAUGGAGAAAAGUACAGCAUCAGCUCAAAGUGCACCGACAUGAAUCGCGAGAUGAUCACCGCCCUUGGUGUCUCCAAGGCCGUCCUGUCAAACGUCAUAUUCUGCCACCAGGAGGACUCUAACUGGCCGCUCAGCGAGGGGAAGGCUCUCAAGCAAAAAUUCGAUGAAAUAUUCUCUGCAACCAGGUACAUCAAAGCACUGGACUCGCUGAGCAAGGUGCGCAAGGACCAGGGCUCCAUCGUGCGAGAGCUGCAGGCCGUCGUGAAGCUGCUGCAGCAGAACAAGAACAAGGCGGAGGAGCUGCAGCGGGAUCUUGAUGACAUUGUCGCAAAACUGGAGGCCUCCCGGGAGAGCGUGCUCACCAUCGACCGGGAAGUCAGCCCGCUCGAGAUAAACCUGAAGGACGUCGAGAGUAAGCUAGCAGUGGUGGUAAGAUUGGACAACGAAGUGAAGGCCACGCAGAGCCGUAAAGCUCAGAUGGAGGUGGACAGUCGAGACCUGCAGGAGAAGAUGGAACAGGUGUUUCAAGGCACGGACGAGCAGCUGCAGGAAGCUUACAGCAGCCACCAGCGCAGGGUGCAGGAGAAGGAGCGUCGGCUUGGGGAGCGGCAGCGCGAGCUGGAACGCGUCAACAGGGAGGUGCUCCGUCUCCGCAACGUCAAGGGGGGGCUGCACGUGGAGCAAGGCAAACUACAGCAAGAGGCGGAGAGGCACGCGUCCAUUAUGAAGCGUCGAGACGAGCUGGUCCAGACCCUCGCGUCAGAGCUGGGGCUUGACGGGUACAGCAGCGUCCCGCUGUCCGACCGGCAGGUGUCCAGCUUCACGAAGCUCGUCCGAGAGAGAAUGGAGCAAGACAACAACAACGUGAAGCGCCUGCUGCACGAGUUUGAGGAAAAGGAAAACGAGAAGCAGCGUCAGAUGGACGACACCAGGGAGCGCAAGACGGCGGCCGAGAGCUCGGUGCAGCUGAAGCGUGAGCUGCUGGGCGACAAGCAAGCCGAGCUGGAGGAGAAGCGCGCCGAGCUGGGUCGGCUGCAGAGCUCCGGGGACCGGCUGCAGGUCGUCGAGAGCGAGCUAAGGGACACCGAGCACCAGCUGGAGGUGGCGGAGGGCUCGUCGCAGGCGGAGGGGCUGCGCACGGAGCUGCAGCGGAUGCAGCGCGAGCGCACGGAUUUCGACAGCCUCCUCCGCCGCCUCGACCACGAGAUGUCCACGCUGAACCUGCACACGCAGGCCCGCACGCAGCUCGACAUGCACAACAAGGAAAAGGUGGAAAAGGAGGAGCAGAUCCGGCGUAUCCGUUUGCGGCAUGACAAAACGCUGGUGACGUUCGUGGGACACUUCCCCAGCAAGGGAGAGCUGGAGAUGUGGCUGGACCGUCGUUCCCAGGAGAGGCGACAGCUGCACGCCAAGAUCCAAGGUCUCAACAAGCAGCUGGCAUCGGCGGAACAGAACAAGUCCCACCUGACGACGGAGCUCCGUCGCAAGGAGGAGCGACUCAAGGAGAACGAGGAGCAGCUGUUUGAGCUGUGCGGGGGUCGUGACCUCGAAAGUGAUCUGCUGGCGCUGCAGGACCAGAUUGAGCGCACCAACAAGCAGCGAGCGAUGCUCGCCGGUGCCUCGGCCGUGUACACCCAGUUCAUCAGCCAGCUCACGGAGGAGUCUGGACCCGACGACGUGGAGGGUAUGGGGGCGGCGGCAGGGUGUGGCGGCGGCGGCGGCGGCGGCGGCGCUGGUCAGGGGUCGCCGUGCUGCCCCGUGUGCCAGCGUGCGUUCCAGUCCGAGUCGGACCUCGCCGAAGUGGUGAACGACCUCCAAGCCAAGCUGCGGCUGGUGCCCGACAAGCUGCGGGCCACCGAGACCGAGCUGACUCGCAAGCAGAAGCGGCGCGACAACAUGAUCCAGCUCAAGCCCGUGCAGCAGAGGGUGGUGGAAACUAGCGAGAAGGAGCUCCCAGAGCUGCGCAACCGUCUAUCGAGCCUCAACCAGGAGAUCCAGCGGCUGAAGAACUCUCUGGACGAGGAGGAGACGCUGCAGGCCACGCUCGAGUCCGAGGAGGACGCCGUCAAGAGCUGCCAGCAGGACGUGGCGCUCAUGGACCGCUUCCAGAGCGACCUCAGGGAGCUGGAGAGGAAGGUGGCGCAGCAGAUGGCACGACUUGCGGGCGUGGACGUGGAGCGCACGCUGCAGGUGGUCGGGGACGAGAAGCAGGAUGUUCAACGCAAGCUCGACAACGUGAACAACGCUUUGGAGCUGAAGCGAUUGGCGCUCGAGACGGACGUGGAACGCAUCAACGAGCUUCGGUCGAGGGUCAACUCCGUGCGGGAAGAGAGGCUGCGGCUGGCGGCUGGCAUGCAGCGCAUCCAGGCGCUGCGAUCCGUCACUGCCGAGCUGGAGGCCGAAACGAGCGACCUCAAGAGGCAGAUCCAGGAGGCACAGGAGCAGGUGCUGCCACUGGAAGGAACGCUGAGGAAGCUUCAGCAGGAAAAGGCAGAAAUCACAGCGAGGAAAACUCGCGAGCACAACCAGGAAGCACGCCGGAUAACUGAUUUGCAAGAUAAAAACAAGAACAUAAUAACAUACAUGAAAGAAGUGGACACAUACAUUAAUUCUGGACGAGACCAGCUUAAUAAGAAGAAGGAACUGGAGAUGCAGGAGGUGGCGAGGGAGCUGAGUGGCGAGGAGGAGAAUCAAGUGCAGAUCGGCCGCGACAUCAGCGGCAUCCGGCAGGAAAUUGACACGCAGAAGGUACGGGAGCGCUGCCUGCAGGACAACCUGACUCUGCGACGACGCCAGCAAGAGCUCGCGAACGUGGCCAACAACAUUAAUCGCCUGCUGGAGAAGAUGGGCAGCAUGAACGUCAUGCAGCUGAAAUCAGAGCAGGAGCGGCUGAUCGGUCACCUGGAGGAGCUGAAAAGCAAGCGGAGUCGCGCCCUGGGAAGGCAGCAGGGUCUUCAGGACGCGAAGUACAAAUUCGAAGUGCAGCUCAAGGAAAAGCAGUUUCGAGAUGCUGCUAAGGAGUACAUGGACAACAUAAUCGUCAUGAAAACGAGCGAGCUUGCCUGCAAAGACCUGGACGUUUACUACAAGGCUCUGGACCAGGCUAUCAUGAAAUUUCAUAGCAUGAAGAUGCAAGAGAUCAACAAGAUUAUCCGUGACCUGUGGAGGAACACUUACAGGAGUCAAGACAUCGAGUACAUCGAGAUCCGAUCGGACGCUGACGAGAGCGCGUCGGCCUCCGACAAGCGGCGCAACUACAACUACCGCGUGGUGAUGGUGAAAGGGGACACGCCUCUGGACAUGCGAGGUCGCUGCAGUGCUGGCCAAAAGGUACUGGCGUCGCUGAUUAUCCGGCUGGCCUUGGCAGAGACGUUUUGUCUGAACUGUGGCAUUUUGGCCUUGGACGAACCGACCACCAACUUGGACCGAGAGAACAUAGAGAGCUUGGCACAUGCACUAGUCGAGAUCAUAAAGAGCCGCUCGCGACAGCGGAACUUCCAGCUGCUGGUGAUCACUCACGAUGAGGACUUUGUGGAGCUGCUGGGCCGCUCCGAGUACGUGGACCACUUCUACCGAGUGCGGAAGAACAACGAACAGUGCUCUGAAAUCGUCAAGUGCAGCGUCAGCACCCUGCAGGCAUCCGUUGCGUAGAUCUUAGACUCCAGCGCAUCGGGAGGUGGCCCCGUCUUUUUGAUUCCUUGUAACGCGGGGCCUACUAAGAGGCCUGGAAAUAUAUUCUUAGGGACCAGAGUAUGCCAUUGAAAAUAUUACAGCUGUACUUUUGUGGGUGCAGAGUAGGAGCAUAUUACUGCGUAAAUUUUGCAGUUGUGCUGUAUAGCCCUCUGAUGUGAUUUUGGGUUUGGACGCAUGUCUGCUUGGCAUGAUGGAUGUGUCGCUCCUUUAGAAACUUCAUUCACUUCAUUGACUUCAACAGUUCUUGAAAAACUUUGCAAAUGAAGCAAACAUUGGCUAGCAUAUCGAGAAAUACGCAGUACAACCUAAAAAUACAUAGGAUAGCUACAAUAGAAAUUUCCUAAAUCAGUGCUGUCCAUAUUUUACAUUGAUUCGGUUGGCCGUGAUUUGCCAUGAGUUGAGUUUUAUAACUUGAUUCUCAAUAACAUUGACUCCAGGAGCAUUUACUGACGUAAGGUUAUUGUUAAAUACACCUUUCUCGGGGAAAAUUGUCAUUAAAAAAAAUGUUAAGUUUAAAGUUAUUUUCAAAGGGAACGUAUGAACAUUAUGCACGUUCUACACAAACAAAAAAUUUUGAUUGGAUGACAUGACCGUGUAAAAAAAUGUGUGGAACUAUAAAAGCAACUUUUGUUCUUCCA